GCUUUAAAUCAGCGGGACUCUCCUGGGUUUUUCAGCCAUCGUUUCAAAUUGUGAAAAAAAAAUAAUUUAUCUUUAAUUGUUAUUUUCAGUUUUACAGAAUUUUUGGAUCCAUUCCAGCGGGUUAUCCAGCCGGAAGAGAUCUGGUUGUAUAAAAAUCCUUUGGUGCAAUCAGACAACAUACCUACGCGUCUUAUGUUUGCAAUUUCCUUCCUUACGCCACUAGCAGUCAUAUUUGUGGUGAAAAUAAUCCGGCGAACAGACAAGACUGAAAUUAAAGAGGCUUUCUUAGCUGUUUCCUUGGCUCUAGCUCUGAAUGGCGUCUGCACAAAUACUAUUAAAUUAAUAGUGGGAAGACCGCGUCCCGAUUUCUUUUACCGCUGCUUUCCAGAUGGAGUAAUGAACUCUGAAAUGCACUGCACAGGUGACCCAGAUCUGGUGUCUGAAGGCAGAAAAAGCUUUCCGAGUAUCCACUCUUCCUUUGCAUUUUCAGGCCUUGGCUUUACCACCUUCUACUUAGCGGGAAAGUUACACUGCUUCACGGAAAACGGCCGGGGGAAGAGCUGGCGACUUUGUGCAGCAAUUCUCCCGCUCUACUGUGCCAUGAUGAUUGCCCUGUCGCGUAUGUGUGAUUACAAACAUCACUGGCAAGAUGCUUUCGUUGGAGGGAUCAUUGGCCUCAUUUUUGCUUAUAUUUGCUACAGACAACACUACCCUCCUUUGGGUAAUACAGCUUGUCAUAAAUCUUACGUCAGCCUGCUAGAUCAGAACUCUGUGAAGAAAGAAGAGAGACCUACAGCAGAUAAUGCUACUGGCCUGCCUCUAGAAGGAAUAACUGAAGAUAUCCUGUGAAAAUGCAGGCAAAUGUUCCAGGCCACAUCUGGGCAGUUGAACAUUUCUUUAGCUGGAGCAGAUGGAUAAAGCGAUCAAGACAGCGUUGACCAACGACCAUUAUUACGGUGCUUUAGACUGGAGGAGACUGCUGCCAUAAUUAUAAUUUAUGUGUUCCUGUUGGAAUAUGUAUUGGCCUUGUGGGCAUUUUGUGAUUCAAUCAGCUCAGUGUCUUUAUGGCUUGUCAUUUACUUUUCUCAACGGUAAGCUUUAUAGAUUUUUUUUUUUUUGAGAAGAGCUACUUCCUGAUUGGCAACACUUGAAUUUUUAUAGAAAGCAAGUAAAUUAGAAUCCCUUUAAAAAGAAAUGUAAUAGUUGUGUACAAGAGGAUGCUAUGUAUAAAUUUAUAUGAUAUUUGGAAAUAACUAUAAAUAGGAAAUGACAUUAAGGAACAGAAUGUAAUAGGCAUGAACCCAGGACAGUUCUGCAGAAAUAGGGCCUGAUCUCCUUGUAAAACUGAUACCAGUUUGACUGCAUCAGUUUGAGGUAGGAUUUUUUUACUGACAGUUACAGUAUCCUGAGCCCUAGGAUAGAGACAGUUACCCAAAUAUAACUGUGGUUUUGCUGGUGUAUAUAUGCUAGUUCACAAAAAUAGCAUCAGCAAAGCACAAUUUUUCUGGCAUUGCAUUUGCACUGAAUUUGACAGAACACUCCUCUAGUGAAAUUGAGGUCUUAUGCUAGAAAUCCACACAGUUAAGUGGAGGUUUAAUCUUUCUAUAAAGUUUUUAAACCAUCCUACAGAAUUCCGUAACAGGGAUAUCAUUUUCUAUUACUUCAUACGGGAGAAUUAAUGAAAGCCCUAGAGUAAGAGUACCAUGUCUUUACAUUGUGUAGGGCUUAGCCAUUAGCUUUUUCUUUCAGCAGGAACCCUAGUCUUCCAGGUUAUAUGCAAAUGUUAAAAAAAAAAAUAUCAUAAAUCAAAAUUAGGAGUUUAAUACUGAUGCAUAGAGCAUUUUGCAUGUUUUUAUAUAGACCUGGCUUAUUCUCAAAAAUGAGUGGGGCCUCCUAACUGUGCUGUACACAUUCCCAGUAUUUUAAUGGCUUUUGAUACAAACAAGCUAUCUUCUUUGGGAUGGGGAAAGCUUAUACAGUCCUCAAAUGAGCAGUGGCUGUUAAAAGAUUGGAAUACGAAGUGUAAUGCAGCAGAAAUACUUACAUUGCAAGAGCGAUUGGUGAACUUUGCAAAGCAGUAAAGAAUAAUAUAUUUUAAUGGGAAUAACUAAACCGAAAGUCAUAAAAUAGACAAUGUAAACGCUUUGAUUAAAAUGUAAUUAAAAUUAUGAAAGACUUAAUGAAAUGAAACUUGUGGAGGGAUCUGUAGGCGCUGUAAUUACCAGUGCAAAGUCAGUGUAGGGAAGGCAUUUUUGUGGAUCAAUGUAUUUUAAUCUCAUGCUUUCUCGGUGUGAAGGAAAUGUAAUGUUGUAAUGCACCAAUAAAACAACACAUUAAUGUGGGUUUGUA